ACGCGAUACACGUUCGUUUGCGAUGUUCAUUUAAUACGUUCGAGUCAAAGUUUGUGCGUGCAUGCCGUGUAAGUUGAACAGACGACGUUUCGCAAGCGUUUGAAGGGUUGAGAGCGAUCGAAACCGACGUCGUUCUCUUCCUUCGUUCUACCCUCGUUCAAACAAUCGUCCGAUCUGCGAUUCUGUCGCAGAGUGCGUUCCACUGUGAGAACCGACCAGUGUUUAGUGUUUUGAUUUGUCAAGCAAGUGGGACAAACACGUCAAGGGAAGAGUCGUUGCGAGUGUGCGAGGCUACAGGUUAAGACAGAAAUAAAAAGAGAGGGAUAGGAAACGAAAGACUGAGACGGUGUAGUGGACGACGGGAUAGUACAAUUGACAGGGAAGAUGGCGCGAGGUGCGGACGAGGAUUAACACUGACCCAUUUUUCCGCGCGAAAUCGCUUGGUUUCGCUUUAUCGUGCAAUUAAGGGACCACUAAGGUUUUCGAACCAAGUGCAGAGAAGUCGGUUCCUGUUAAGUGAAUUGAACUGAAAGAAAAGGAACGGAUAGUUCGCCAUAGGUCGCAGUGUAUCUACCGUGCGGUGCGCGCGUGUGCCCUGUUUUUGCGUAAGUGUGAGUAUCCUCUCCUACGUGUGUGGGUCUUGUAGGGCUAACAUCGCGAAGGAUUGAAUAGAGACUAUUGUGGACCGAUCCGGAGGUUACGAUAAAACAGAAAGUGUGCGAAAAAAACAAACAAAAAACAAACGGUGCUGGAAUACCAAUCGAAGUACGUAGAAGAUAACAAAAAUUCUGAAGAGUCCGGAAUUUCGUGGGGCCUUGGCUGGCUCGGCUGUGGGAGAGGACAAACGAAAACGAAGACGCAGUCUUCUGGAACUUCUCGAGCUGCGUAGAUCCGUGGCUGGCUUGAGAACGAGCGUGGCUGCUAAGAUGGGCAACAAUGCCGCGACCGCGAACAAAAAGGUUGACGCUGCCGAGAGCGUCAAGGAGUUCCUCGACAAGGCAAAGAAAGAGUUCGAGGACAAGUGGAAGAGGAACCCGACAAAUACCGCUGGUCUCGACGACUUUGAGCGGAUCAAGACGCUCGGUACCGGCUCAUUUGGCCGUGUCAUGAUAGUGCAACACAAGCCAACCAAAGAGUAUUACGCCAUGAAGAUACUCGACAAACAGAAGGUCGUGAAACUUAAACAAGUCGAGCACACACUUAAUGAAAAGAGGAUACUGCAGGCGAUUAGCUUCCCGUUUCUCGUCUCUUUGCGGUUUCACUUCAAGGAUAAUUCAUAUCUUUACAUGGUCCUCGAAUAUGUACCGGGAGGUGAAAUGUUCAGUCAUCUACGCAAAGUUGGUAGAUUUUCUGAACCGCAUUCGCGUUUUUACGCCGCACAGAUCGUAUUAGCGUUCGAGUACCUGCACUACCUCGAUUUAAUCUAUAGGGAUCUCAAGCCGGAGAAUUUGUUGAUCGAUUCUCAGGGUUAUCUGAAAGUCACGGAUUUCGGUUUCGCUAAACGUGUACAGGGUAGAACAUGGACCUUGUGCGGCACGCCGGAAUAUCUAGCACCUGAAAUUAUUCUCAGCAAAGGUUAUAACAAAGCUGUAGACUGGUGGGCACUCGGUGUCCUUGUUUACGAGAUGGCCGCCGGUUAUCCACCCUUUUUUGCCGAUCAACCGAUACAAAUAUACGAGAGGAUCGUUGCCGGAAAGACACGAUUCCCGACGCAUUUCGGUAGCGAAUUGAAAGAUUUGCUGCGUAAUUUACUGCAAGUCGAUCUUACCAAGAGGUACGGCAAUUUGAAGGCCGGUGUGAACGACAUUAAGGGUCACAAGUGGUUCGCCAGUACCGAUUGGAUAGCAGUCUUCCAAAAGAAAAUCGAGGCACCGUUUAUACCAAAAUGCAAAGGACCCGGAGACACGAGCAACUUCGAUGACUAUGAGGAGGAGACACUGAGGAUUUCGUUGACGGAGAAGUGCGCCAAAGAAUUCGCCGAAUUCUGAAUUUCCACAUGGAUCGAAGAUGGAUACCACGUUUCGCGUAUUUAUUCAUACGUGAUCGUUCGUUCUUUUUCGUCGCUUUUUCCAGCGAGGAAGAUAGAUGAAGUAAGAGACACGGAAUGUUAGAAGAGAGAGCGAGAGAGAGAGAGAGAGCGAGAGAGAGGGAGCGAAAGAGCGAAAGAAAGAUAGCGCGUAAACGGAAGAAUGUAUACAUGUAUGCGAGAGGGAAAGAAAGCCUGUACAUGUAUAUGCGUGUGUGUGGCGCGCGAAUGUGUGUGUGCGUGUACGGACAUCUCGGUGCAAAGUGUGAAUAGGGGGACGACGGAAUACACAGAAGCAUAGGAGAAAGAGAGCGAGAGAAAGAGAAAUGGAGAGAGAGAGAGAGAGAGAGAAAGAGAGAACAAGGAAGAUAAGCACAUAAAUAAGUACGUAGCAAAUUUUGCGCUUUGUUAUUUUGUGACUGAAAAUUUCGGUGGCAUUACGGGAAAAAAAAGGGAAGGAAUAUACGAGGAAAACACGGUAAACGGCGUCGUCGAGCGUACCGAGAGAAGAAAGAGAGAGAGUAAGACAAAGAAACAGAUAU